AAUUCUUUACCACCGUUCGGGGGAUAAACGUCGAAGAUUCAAGGUCGUUGACGAUUCUCUCCACAACUGGCAAAAAGCAAGCUAAGCGAAAUCAAAAUAGAAGGAAAAAAAAGAAAAAAAAGAAGUCCGAGCCCUAUACACAACUCAACGGAGAGAAGUAUUCCUCCCUUCGUAGGUUUUAUUCCCACGCUUUUUGCCUUGCCUUUUUGCUUAGAAAUCUAUGACCAUGGAAGUGGAAGUGGAUUCUGGAGAGAAGCGUCUCAAUGAGCUUGGUUACAAGCAAGAGCUCAGAAGAGAGAUGACUUUGUUCAAGACGCUGGCGAUAUCGUUCUCGACGAUGACGUUGUUCACAGGGAUUACACCACUUUAUGGGUCCAGCCUGCAGUAUGCUGGGCCUGCCAGCCUUGUCUGGGGAUGGGUUGUAGUCUCCUUCUUCACCUGGUUUGUGGGAAUUGCAAUGGCCGAGAUCUGCUCCUCCUUUCCUACAACUGGAUCUCUUUACUUUUGGGCUGCUCAUUUAGCUGGACCAGUCUGGGGUCCACUGGCAUCAUGGUGUUGUGCUUGGCUGGAGACUAUUGGCCUAAUUGCUGGAAUAGGAACACAGGCUUAUGCAGGAUCCCAAGUCUUGCAGAGCAUCAUAUUACUGUGUACUGGAACGAACAAGGGAGGGGGUUACUUUGCUCCUCGUGGGGUAUUUCUUGCUAUGUAUGUGGGACUAACAGUGAUAUGGGCUGUACUCAACACAUUUGCACUAGAAGUCAUAGCCUUCAUUGACAUAAUCUCAAUAUGGUGGCAGGUUAUUGGAGGACUGGUUAUAGUUAUAAUGCUCCCAUUGGUGGCAUUGACUACACAGCCUGCAUCCUACGUGUUUGGACAUUUUCAGACAGCACCAGAAACAACAGGGAUAAGCAGCAAACCUUAUGCAGUCAUUUUAUCUGUUCUUGUUAGUCAGUAUUCUUUAUAUGGAUAUGAUGCUGCAGCCCAUCUAACUGAGGAAACAAAAGGUGCAGAUAAAAAUGGUCCAAUUGCUAUUCUAUCUAGUAUUGGAAUCAUCUCCAUUUUUGGAUGGGCAUAUAUCUUAGCUCUCACCUUCAGCAUUCAGAACUUUGACUAUCUAUAUGAUUCUAGCAAUGAGACUGCUGGAGCAUUUGUACCAGCACAAAUCCUAUAUGAUGCAUUCCAUGGGAGGUAUCACAACUCCAUUGGGGCCAUCAUCUUGCUGUUUGUUAUUUGGGGUUCCUUUUUCUUUGGUGGCCUUUCGAUCACUACUAGUGCAGCCAGAGUGGUGUAUGCACUGUCCAGGGAUCAGGGAAUUCCCUUCUCAUCCAUUUGGCGUAAACUGCAUCCUAAACACAAGGUUCCAGCCAAUGCAGUAUGGUUAUGUGCAGCUAUCUGCAUUCUUCUUGGACUUCCUAUUCUUAAACUUAAUGUGGUAUUCACUGCCAUCACUUCUAUUUGUACCAUUGGAUGGGUUGGUGGCUAUGCUGUUCCAAUAUUUGCAAGGAUGGUCAUGGAUGAUAAGAACUUCAAAGCAGGCCCUUUCUAUUUGGGAAGAGCAAGAAGGCCAGUUUGCCUGGUGGCAAUUUUGUGGAUUUGUUACACUUGUUCAGUCUUCCUGCUGCCAACAUAUUAUCCAAUCAAGUGGGAUACUUUCAAUUAUGCACCCAUUGCUCUGGGUGUAUGUUUGACUCUGGUAAUGUUGUGGUGGCUACUUGAUGCAAGGAAAUGGUUUAAGGGACCAGUUCGGAACAUUGAUAGCCAGAAUGGGAAGGUCUAGCUAUUUGCUUGCAUCGUUCUUCAUUUUAUGCAAAUCAGCAUCCAUGGUGCUGGAAAAUUGGGGCCAUAAAGAGAAUUUCUCACCCAUAUUCUUUAUAGUUGAUGUCUUUAAUGGAGAUCAUACUCAUCUUUUUGUUCAUAUGACUAUGUACACAUGCAGCCAUGCAAUGCAUAGGCUUCUGGAGCUCAUUAUCAUGGCAAUUGUUGGUUUCACUUUCUCUCUUUUAUUCUCCUUUGCUGAUUUCAGAUUAUCAAAUCAAGCUCCUGAAAGCUGCGAAGAA